AUGCACGACCAGCAACCUGGCAAGAUUAAUACAUCGCGGAUUCUUGGAGGUUCCAAGAGAUUCUCAUUUGUAUCCGUUCAUUUGAAAAUAUCGCUCCCUUCUCACAAUCUCGCACUUUCAGCAUUUCUCACAUCCCUCAACAUGCCUACAUCAGUUCCAAUCAUAGGCCAUGGCUACUUUGAAGUGGAGGGGCCCGGCCAUGACAGCACCAUGGUGCUCAAAGAGAUUUUGAAAAGACCUGCUGUCUUUGGAGGCGCGUACGUAGUUGAAACUUUCAAUAGGUUCAAUCUGCUGUACGGAUUUCUCCUGAUGAACCAGGAAGCCACUGACAAGGAACACGAUGAUAUUUACGACAAUCUUAGCGGGUGGUGCAAGCUCCGUCAGCUUCAUACCAUGACAGCUUACCUUAUCCUCAAGGACAAGAAGAAACACAUGGUUAAAAAGACAGCUAGAAAGAUGAGGAAGGUCGUUGUAGGCAUGGAGUAA